CCCGGCUGCGGCCGGGUCAUGGCAGCGGCGGGCGCGCCCGGUCCGGGCGGUGUCCCCGCGGUGCCGGUGGCCAGCGGCCACAGCAUCCCGGUGCUGGGGCUCGGUACUUCCCACCAGGGUGGUUAUUCCCAUGCCGCAGUGGUCCAUGCCCUGCAGAAAUGUGGCAUUCGUCAUAUUGACACAGCAAAAAGAUAUGGCUGUGAAUCCCUCCUCCAAAGGGCCAUCAGAGAGAGUGGUGUGAAGAGAGAGGACCUUUGGAUAACUACCAAACUGUGGCACAGUGAUUAUGGCUAUGAAAGCACAAAAAAGGCCUGCUUGGAGUCAUGUGAAAGACUUGGUGUUGAAUAUCUUGAUCUGUAUUUAAUUCACUGGCCUGAUGCACAAGUUCCAGGUAAAAGUAAUCGAGAGGUCCGAGCUGAAACCUGGAGUGCGAUGGAAGAGCUCUAUGAGAAAGGUUUGUGUAAAUCAAUUGGCGUAAGCAAUUUUCUUAUCAGCCAUCUUGAGCAGCUGAAGGAGGACUGUGUGAUUACCCCACAUGUUAAUCAGGUUGAAUACCACCCUUUCCAAAGACCUCAGGAGCUGGUUGAUUAUUGUAGGAGCAGAGAUAUUGUUUUUGAAGGCUACUGUCCUUUAGCCAAAGGUGAAGCACUCAGUCAUCCUACUGUCAUUCAGCUGGCUAGGAAGUACAGCAGAACUCCAGCACAGAUUUGCAUACGCUGGAGCAUACAGAAUGGGAUUGUCACUAUUCCAAAGUCAACAAAGGCAGAACGGAUAGAGGAAAACUGCAAGGUGUUUGAUUUUACAAUAGCAGAAGAUGAUGUUGAAAUUCUGAAUGGAAUGCAUGAUGGGAGACAUGUUUCCUGGGAUCCAAGUUUUAUUGUGUGAAUCAAGGUUUUUGGUUCUAAUCUGAGGAAAGAAGAUAUGGAAAUUUUGAACAUAGUGAAUAUCAACAGAAAAUUAAUUCAUCUAACCUAUUCCCUGUGGAAAGAAUAAUUUAAAACCAGAUUGUUCCAAACUGGAAAAGUGAUGUAACUGAGACAUUAAUUAAUUUUAAACUGAACAAUAAAUCUGAAUUGUUCUCUUAGGUACUCAGUAUACUCAAGAAUCAAUAUA